AUGUCUGCUCCCAAGGGUCCCUUCCACCUCGUCACCGUCAACACCGCCCCCGAGCGCGCAAAGCGUCUCAUCGGCCGUGUUGCCGAGGCGUUGAAGGAUCAAUAUACCAUCAUCCACGUUGACAAUUGCGAGAAGAUCGACGAGGUCGAGACCAAGGUCAAGCAGCACAUGCCCGAGGUCCUGUUCAGCGCUUCGAUGUGGACCGAUGAGGAGGCCAAACAGAUCCAUGAAAUCGCCAAGUCGGUCAAUCCCAACAUCAAAUUGCACGCCAUUCCCACCGGCCUCCAGGUCGAGCGGGGUCCUGAUGCCAUUGUCGAGUACCUCGUUGAGAAGGUGCCACCCCUCCUGGAGAGCUAA